CCCAGGAAACGAAAUCCCAGUUUUAAUGGAGGAUUGCAUGAGACUCAGCAUGAGAAAGCUCGCCCUUUGGUACACAAAAACCUUCAAACCCCUAAUGACCCACGAUGAGCUCGACCCCAUCAUGGCCACCAUGGGCUUCGUCGGUUUCCCUCCGAUCCAGGGAAGUUCUUCCGCCUUCUCCUGGAAGGAAUACGUCUACAUGGCGUCCCCUGGGGUUUCGUGGCGGUCCAAGUCUUCGUCUUGCUUCCGUUCAACGACGGGUGGUGGCAGCGGUGAACCUCCGCCUAGACCGAAGUUGCCUUACCCCAGGAUCGAUGGGCUCCACAUUUACACCUACCGCGCUUUCCUCGACGCCGUUAACUUUUAUCUCGACAUGUGCGACAUUUCUGAACUCUUCCACGUUAGGGGAAUGCCGCUGAACCGGAGCCAUGACCGGACCCGGAAAUGGCGGUGCAUGGAGGAAGACGAUGGCAUGUUUGUGUACAGGGAAGGAACAUUGGAACAAACAGCGUACAAUGUGUAUCACUUCAACAAGGUAAACAACACCAGCGGCAAUGGCGGAUGCAAUGGGUACGGUGGCCGUGUUAUUCGAGACAAAGGGAACAACGAUAAUGAGAACAACAAUAACAAUAAUGCCCCUGUUAGCUGCUUUGUUCCAUUGAAGGAUAUAAUAGUAUGAACUAGAAACGUGACUUAGACUACCAAUGUUGAUGUAACUCGAAUUACCCUUUCUUUUUUGCCCUUGGAAACGAUGAUAUCACAUUAAAAAAAUAUGAAAAAGAAGAGAGAUGU